CGCCAAUCAUAAAGCCUCUGACCAUUAACAUUCUUAAGAUAAAAUCGUUCACACCAAGACCCCAUUAUUUAAUAACAGUUGAAACCAAUAUAUUGGACUCGGAAACGAUGAAGUGAGCAACACAACACAACCAGACCCAUCGUUAUCUUAUCUCCUUCUCCAUGGCUUCCUUACCCAGUUUUACUCCUUUUGUAUUUCUAUUGCUUGUCAUUGGAUGCAAUGCAAGGCCUUUGUAUCCACUUCCCAGCAAAGGUGAUGAUGGAAAUAGGAAGCCCCUACAAACUUUUCGCCCUUAUAACAUUGCUCAUCGCGGUUCAAACGGAGAGCUUCCUGAGGAAACUCAUCCUGCAUACUUGAGAGCUAUUGAGGAGGGUGCAGACUUCAUUGAAACUGAUAUCUUAUCAUCCAAAGAUGGUGUUCUUGUAUGUUUCCAUGAUGUUACCCUUGAUAAUACUACUGACAUUGCAAAUCGCACAGAGUUUGCUAAUCGUAAAAGAACAUAUGAAGUCCAAGGGGAAAACAUGACUGGCUUUUUUACUGUUGAUUUCACAUUAAAGGAAUUAAAGUCAUUGAGGGUGAAACAGAGGUGUAGCUUCAGGGACCAACAGUUUAAUGGAAAGUUUCAAAUCAUCACUUUUGAAGAGUUCAUUACCAUAGCACUGGAUGCACCCAGAGUUGUUGGAAUAUAUCCAGAGAUAAAAAAUCCAGUAUUUAUCAAUCAACAUGUUAAAUGGUCCCAUGGCAAAAGAUUUGAGGACAAGUUUGUGGAGACACUUCAGAAAUAUGGGUACAAGGGUUCCUACCUGUCAAAAGAUUGGUUGAGACAACCUGUAUUUAUUCAGUCAUUUGCUCCAACUUCACUCGUGUAUAUAUCAAAUAAAACGGACUUGCCCAAGGUUUUCUUAAUUGAUGAUGUUACUGUUCCAACUCAAGACACUAAUCAGUCAUAUUGGGAGAUUACAUCUGAUGAAUACCUAGAGUACAUAAAGCAAUAUGUUGUGGGAAUUGGACCUUGGAAGGACACAGUGGUACCUGUGGUAAAAAAUUAUAUGACAAAUCCUACUAAUCUUGUUGCCAGGGCACAUGCUCAUAACCUGCAGGUGCAUCCAUAUACUUACCGAAAUGAGUUCCCAUUUUUGCAUUUCAACUUCAGUCAAGAUCCGUAUAUGGAAUAUGAUUUCUGGAUCAACAAGAUAGGCGUUGAUGGUCUCUUUACAGACUUCACUGGUAGUCUUCAUCGUUAUCAGGAAUGGACCUCUAACCGUAAAGAUGAUGAUGAUGACAAGACUGAAUCCAAUCUAUUACAUAAAAUUGCUUUGUUAGUCUCCUCUUAUGAAUGAUCUUGAGAAUUCAGAUGGUGUAUAAGUGUUUGGAUUAAUUUAUUGUGUUCAAAAGACGCUAAUAACAAUAUUUACAAGAGAGCUUUUGAGUUUUGACUUAA